GAGACGCUUCUCGGCGUUAGGCUCUCUCGGCUGACCCUCGCGUCGCGCGGAGAGGGCGUCAUCGUCGUCAGCUGGCCGAGCGGGAAACUUCAGAAACUGGGAGAAACUGCGUCGGGUGUCGGCGGGAGAGAGAUUCAGGCCGAAGCGCGCGACUCCGGUCAGGGCUCGCGAGUGAGUCGCUCUCUUUUCUGAAGGCAGCAGAGUCUUCGGUGGUAUAAAAUUUGGAAGUGCAAGCCAGCUAUGAUGGCUUCUCAGGAAUUUACGGUUUUAUACACACACCAAAAGACUAAAAAAUCUAAAGUGUGGCAAGACGGAAUUUUGAAGUCCCCUCUAGGGGGCAAUAAGGCAACUUUAUGUGAUGACAAAGGACAGGUUUUGGAUAGCAUAUUUGUGAAGUUCCAGGUAAAGCCGGGAGAUGAUUUAGAAAGUGAGAAAUAUUUAAUCACAGUUGAAGCUGAGAAAACUUCUGAAACUGGUUUUAGUGAUCAGCCAAAGAACACAGAAGUACCAGUGUUAAUAAGAAAUCAUUUGAAGUCUUCUGCCUUUUCAUCUCUGCGUCUGCCAGUUGGCCUAAAACGAAAACAUACUGGUUUCCAAGGGCCACGGCAAGUGGAAAAGAAAAUGACAACAAUGGAAGUAUCUGCAGCAGUAGCAUCACCUUCAUCCAAGGAUCCUCAUUCAUCCUUCCCUUCUCAGUUCUAUGCCAGUUCCCCUUUAUUUUCUGUCCCCUACAAUACUAAGUUACACUCAGAAUUGAAUCAGAACGCUUUCAAAGUGAAUGGCUCAGAUGCUGAUUCUGUCACUCCACCCGCUUUUACUCAUAAAGUGGUACAAAGUAGAAUCCAUAGUACUGAUGGUGAAGAUGGUGAAUAUUUGGAGCCAGGAUUUCAACUGGAUAACGGAAUGGCCAAAUCAAUCUACCAUGCAAGUAACAGUGUGGCAGUUUUGCAGAAUGCCAGAAGUAAAGCACAAAUCUUAGCAAUUCUGAGCGGGGGACAAAAAAAAGUUUCAGAGGAUGAAACUAAUAUAUCAUUGGGAAAUCAAUCACCAGCAUUGAUGAAAUCAGAAUUCCAUCAGGAAGGCUCACUUUUAUCUGAAUCACCAAGAAGCACAGAGUCUUUCUUCAAAGAAAAGAUGGCACCUCUUUUGAGCUCUGCAAACAACACAACCAAAGAAACCAUUAAAUAUAUAGCGCCACUGCAUUUCUCAGAAAAAAAUGUAAAAACAAAAAGCCGAUGGGAUGUAUAUUUGCCAUUGUCUUUAGCCGAAAAGUCUCCUGACAAAGUUGAGGGAGAAUACAAUGAUAAAAAUGCUAGCGAUCUUCAGGACUUGAUGGAAGAUGGCACUGAUAAUAGGAGCCAAUACACUGAGGACCAUAAAAAAAUUCUAGAAGUGCCUGUUUCCUUGGAAAUCAAUAUGUCUCCUGUCAGUAAUAGUUCCGUCAAACACCAACCACAUAGUAUUGUACCAGCUAAAUCAAUUGUGUGGAAAGAGAAUGGCACAGUUUUAUCAUCUGUUGAUAGUAUGAAUUACUCAGAUUGUAAUGCUGAUAAACUCUCCACAUCCAAUAAAUGCACAGAGAUUGAUAAUUUGGAUGGGUUUUGCCAUCAGACGCAAAAUGAAUCUUAUCCAGUAAUAUGUUCUGAACGUUUCUCAAAUAAUUCUGCAGAUGAAGAGUUUGGUGACACAGAAAAGCAGUUUAUAGAGGUUAACUUCAAUCUGUUGGAUAAACUAGAGUUUAGUGACACAGAGGAUGGAAAACUUCAUACCAACCACACAUUUUCACAAGGUUCAGCAUGCUUUAAGGGGGAAACUGAAGCACCAUUUGAGACCGGUGUUCAAGUGAACAGUAACAUAAAAGUUUGUAGUAGUCAAGGGGAAGAUAAUGUACAGUCCACAUUUCUGCAAGGUGGAGGUGUGAAUUAUGUCUCAGAAUGCCAGUCACUGCAAGUUUGUGAUGAAAUCUCUGAGGAACCUAACAAGAAGGAGGAAAAUUGUGCAACUCUUCCAUUUCUUAAAAAGCUGCCACAUUCAGAGGCUAUAAUUGUUGAUGAAAAGGUAGAGACAAAUGCAAUAAAUAUCCAAAAUAUAUGUAAUCACAGAGAUCUUGGUACAGACUUGUUAAUGGUGAAUGAUAUGGACUGUGAUGUGAAUGAUAGUGAAUAUCAUAAUCCAACAACUCGUCUUGGAAAAGGGAAUGUUCCUGCUAUUUUACAUGGUUGCCUCAUGGACAAAAGUAAUGAAGAAGGUAUUGAGGUUGAAGCAGGUAAUUGCCAACCUAGUUCCUUAGGUAUUUGUCAUAACAACAUGAAACAGAGCAAUCAUUUGCUAGUCCUCACUGAAAAAUACAAUAUUUCUCAUGGUUCCCCUCAGUAUAUUUCAGACAAAAAUGAUGCUGCUUCAGAAAAAAAUCUGGAUUUGAGGCAACUCCCUCAUCCCUUAACUUGUGAGACUUCAGAUGAAUCACAAAUGGAUCGAAAUGAAAAUGCAGUUAAUAACUUGGAUUUUUUUAACAAGUUCAGUAAAUAUGAAGGAAAGGAUUCUAUUUGUGUUGAAUCUUCACUUGACUCUUCAAGCCUUCCCCAGCUGGUAAAUGGUUUCAGCCUGUUAAAAUCACUUACAGAACAUAGCACAGCCUUAGAAAGCCUGCAAAUGAUAGAGGAAAGUACUUCUUUGCUACCGAGGGAGAGACUAAGAAAAAAACAGAAGCCAACAGGACCUAAAGUUAUGCAACAGUUUCCUGACGUUCCCCUUUCUGAAGAUGUGCAGAUAACAUCUUGCCUGCGUUCUGGUUCUCCUAAAAUGGAUACUUCCUCAAACACUGAUGCAGAGAAGCCCACAGCAGCUACAGUAAACAUGCUACAUGACCAGGUUCCUUUUGAAGUGGCUGACAGUCAAACGAAGCUAGUUGAAUUUCAAGGGUACCAAGUGAGAGGAUCUGCAGCUAGUGAGAUAAUGAUGAGAGUACCCUCUUCACAUCUUAGAUGGGAUCCACAGGCUGAUAUGACAGAAUUUGAACUUGCUACAAAGGAUGGCUGUUUUUUCUCAGCCCAAGAACUAGGCAGCCCUGUGCUGCCUAGCUUUAUUCAGUCUUCACAGCCUCCAGACUGCCACUUUCCCCCAAAUUCAAGCAGUGAAAAGGCAGUGAUAGAAGCAGAAGAAAACUAUUUCCUGGUGACAAGGGUAUCUCCAGAUUUACCUAUGGACAACGCAAAAAGCUUUUUCCAGAUGGAAGAGUCCAGCUGCCCAGAAGAUGAUGAUAUGUCUAUACUCCUACUGCCCCUUAGAGCACGAACUCCAGUUGUGACUUUACCUGUAGAUGGAGAAGUUCCUGACUUAGUUUAUUCCAGUGUAAAGACAUGUGAGCGAGGCCAGCAGUCCUUUGGCUUCUCGGGAAUAAGCAUGUAUGGCAAGUCAAAAAUAUUAGGGCCUGAGGACAGGAUGUGUGAAACCUUUGUGCGUGAAAAGUGUAGAGAAGAAAGACAUGGGGUGAUCACACAGUCUGCAUUCCCUAAUGUAUCAGAACAAAAGAGACAAAGCAAGUGGCAGAAGUACCAAAACACAACUCAUAGUGACUUGAGAACUCAAAACAGCAGCGAAGUGGUCAUGACUGAUGACAUCCGAGCUGAGAGUGCCUUUGGAAUGCCACUGCAUGACAUAGGAGAGGGUUGGAGUCAUGCCAUCAAUGAAAGCCCUCCAGACUUUGGGCAUCCGCAAAUGCUGAAAAGCGUGCUUUGUAAACAGCAGCGAAACUUUAGCAGCCAAGAUUCUGUUUCAGAAGGACAGAAACUUUCUCUGCACUUAAAUCAGAAUUUUUCCACUGAGGAAGGACUAAAGGUGCUAGGUCAGCUGAAUUGCCACAGUUCAACCAGACACACCAAGAACACCUGUGAAUUGUUCUUUCCCAGUGUAGAAAUGGUGAACUCUACCAAUGUUCCUAAGAGACAGAUGUAUAUCCCAGCUGAGUUUCAGUCUCCUGCACAUUAUAAGCAGGUUUUUACUUCUGCUUUGAUGGAACAUUUAAACAUAUUGCUGUUUGAGCUGUCGCAAAAACUACACCGAGCUCUGGAAAAAGUGGAUAUAUCCUUCUAUACCUCAGUGAAAAGAGGGCAAGGACAAGAGAAUUCAGCCCCUCUCUGCAACCACAAGAUGGCGAGUAAACUUGUUAUGGUUAAGAAAGAAGGUCCAAAUAAGGGCCGCCUUUUCUACGCCUGUGAUGCUCCUAGAGGUAAUCGAUGCGAUUUUUUUAAGUGGCUAGAGGAUGUAAAUCCUGGACAGAAGGAAAGUAGGCCUGGUGUUGUACUUCAUGACACAAAGAGUAUUGGAACCUACCUCAGGAGUCAAAAUGUUUCCCUCUAUGAAGAAUGCCAGCUUCUGAUGAGGAAAGCCUUUGAUGUUCAAAGGAAACAAUUUGGUAAACUGAAGAAAUUCAAUAUUGUAAAUGCGAACCUUGAUUGCGAUUCUAAGAGCAAAUUAUAUCUUAAGCUGAACCAAAAGGAGCAUUCAUCUGUGUACAGCAAAGAUGAUCUUUGGGUUGUUUCCAAGACUUUGACCUUUGAACCCUUGGAUACUUUCAUUGCAAGCAGUGUUUUCUUCGGACCAUCCUCUAGCAAUGAAUUGGAGUUGAUACCUCUCAAAGGUUACAGUCCCUCAAACUGGCGCUCAAAUAUGAUUGUUCAUGCUUUGCUAGUUUGCAAUGCUAGCACUGAGCUUACAACUUUGAGAAAUAUAGAGGAAAACAUCAGUUCAGGCACUUUACCAAUAAUGGAGCAUCUGCUAACAAAGUCUUUUAAAGCUUCUAGUAGCCGAGUCAACAAGCGAAAAUUUAAACCACCUGCCUUAAACACAAAUACAAUAACUACGGGAGCCCUGAGUCCAGAAACUAUUAUAAAUCUGGCAAACAAUAUGAUUCAGACAUUUCAUCUGAAUAAAGAUCAGGCUACGGCACUGAUUCAGAUAGGUGCCAUGAUGACAUUGCAAGGAAUCGAUACAGAAACUGGGAAACGGCAAGCCCUUCCAAUAACAAUCAUACACGGUGUGUUUGGAUCUGGAAAAAGUUAUUUGCUGGCCAUUGUUAUCUUAUUCUUAGUACAGAUCUUUGAAACUGGUGAAGGAACUGAUGGCAAAAAGUCGGUGCCAUGGAAAGUACUGAUCUCUUCUUCCACAAAUGUUGCUGUGGACAGGGUACUGCUUUGCCUCCUAGAUCUUGGAUUUGAAGAAUUUAUUAGAGUGGGUAGUAUUAGAAAAAUUGCUAAGCCAAUUCUUCCUCACAGCUUGCAUGCUGGCUCAGGAUCUGAAAGCGAACAACUGAAAGAAUUGCAUGCUCUGAUGAAGGAUGAUUUAACCCUAGCAGAAAAGAUCUUUGUAAGAAAGACCAUUGAACUCCAUAAGCUGGGAACCAACAAAGCUCUCCUGCAACAGGUAAGGGUAGUGGGAGCUACCUGUGCUGCCUGCCCAUUCUCUUGCAUGAAAAAUCUUAAAUUCCCUAUAGUAAUUCUGGAUGAGUGCAGUCAGAUGACAGAACCUGCAUCGCUUCUUCCUAUUGCAAGGUUUGAGUGUGAAAAGCUGAUUUUGGUUGGAGAUCCUAAGCAACUACCACCCACUAUUCAAGGGUCUGAAAGUGCACAUAGUAAUGGUUUGGAGCAAACCCUCUUCGAUCGACUCUGUUUGAUGGGACAUGAGCCAAUAUUGCUUAGGACGCAGUAUCGUUGUCACCCUGCUAUAUCUGCCAUCACCAAUGACCUGUUUUAUGAGGGCAGCCUGCUGGACGGCAUUUCUGAAGCAGAUCGAAGCCCUCUGAUUGACUGGUUACCAACACUUUGUUUCUAUAACGUCAAUGGCUUAGAGCAGGUGGAAAAAGACAACAGCUUCCACAAUUUGGCAGAAUCAUUUUUCACUGUCAAAUUAAUCCAGUCUCUGAUUGCCAGUGGAAUAGAAGGAAACAGGAUUGGAGUAAUAUCCCUCUAUAAAUCACAAAUGAGCAAGAUUUGUAACUUGCUUAAUGCUGUACAUUCAGAUGCUUCCCAAAUUAAAGCAGUCCAAGUGUCCACUGUUGAUGCCUUCCAGGGAGCAGAGAAAGAAAUCAUUAUAUUAUCCUGUGUAAGGACAAAACAAGUUGGCUUCAUUGAUUCAGAAAAGAGAGUGAACGUGGCAUUGACCAGAGGGAAGCGACAUUUAUUAAUAGUGGGAAAUCAAAACUGUCUAAGCAAGAACAAGCUAUGGAGAUGUAUCAUUCAGCACUGUGCAGGAAGAAAAAAUGGAUUACAGCACGUUAGCCAAUGUGAGCAGCAAUUGAAUGACAUUAUUAAAUCUUACGUGGAAAGGAAGAAGGAGGAAGAAGAAAUGAACAAGGAAAAGGAAAAGUCUAAAAGAAAAUCACUAUCACAAAAAACGAGUGAUUAACUUUGUGCUGUUUCUAUGUAAAUUAUUUAAAAUACCUUGAAAAUCACUGUUUAAACUUGUUAAUUGUUUUAUGUCCCACCAGUACUCUAGUUAGCUUUCCCCAAUCUGAUGCCUUUCAGAUGCUUUGGACUACAUCUCCAUCAGCCGCAUCUGACAUUCAAAGCAUCAGACACAAGGUUGGGGAAGGCUGGUCUAGUUACAUGCAUCAAAAGGUACACAAAAGGCUGUGAAAAUCAUAGAUCACUAGAAAGUGAGCUUUUCCUUUGAAAAUGUAGUUCUUUUAAUUGUUAUAAUGACAUUUUAAGUACUCUGGAAUAAAGUCAGGAUUUUAAAAUUGC